GACACGGACGUAGCCGCUCACCGAUCAGCCAGCCACACAGAUGCGCAGUUUGUUUCGCUCUGUUUCGGCGAAUGGCUGCACAGGAGGAUGUGUAGCUAGCUACUUUGUGAUAGAAGCCGGAGCCACCAAAUAUAAAUAUUUUAAAACGGUGGAGACAUCCACCAGUUAAAAUGGACCAGGAGUUUAAGGACAUGGAUUCAGCAGGGCGAUGGCAGAACCUAUACAUUGAAAUUCGGGGCCAGUCUCACGAGUGUCCUUACAAAGUGGCAAAGUUUCCAGAGAAUCGGAACAGAAACCGAUACAGAGAUGUCAGCCCAUAUGACCACAGUCGAGUUAAACUAGAAAAUUCUGAAAAUGACUAUAUUAAUGCAAGCCUGGUCGUAGUGGAGGAAGCCCAAAGAAACUACAUAUUAACUCAGGGCCCAUUGAGAAACACUUGCGGCCACUUUUGGUUAAUGAUCUGGGAGCAGAGGACGAAAGCCGUCAUAAUGCUGAACAGAGUCAUCGAGAAAGGACUGGAAAAAUGUGCCCAGUACUGGCCGACACAGGAAGAGCGGGAAAUGUCUUUCAGGGACACGCGCUUUGUCGUGACACUGCUUUCGGAGGAUGUCAAGUCCUACUACACGACGCGGGUACUGCAGCUGCUGAACCUGAGCACAGGAGAGUCCAGAGAGAUCUUUCACUUUCAUUACACCACAUGGCCAGACUUUGGGGUCCCAGAAUCCCCCGCCUCCUUCCUCAACUUCCUGUUCAAGGUGCGAGAGUCGGGCAGUCUGGCCACCGACCACGGGCCUUCGGUGGUUCACUGCAGCGCCGGGAUUGGUCGCUCGGGGACAUUCUCACUGGUGGACACCUGCCUCGUCCUGAUGGGCAAGAGGAGAGACCCCUCCUCCGUGGACAUUCAGAAGGUCCUGCUGGACAUGAGAAAGUACCGCAUGGGACUGAUCCAAACACCAGACCAGCUCCGCUUCUCCUACAUGGCUGUCAUCGAGGGAGCCAAGUGCAUCAUGGGAGAUGGGGAAUCUAUGCAGAAGCAGUGGCAGAAGCUCUCCAAAGAGGACCAGGCCCCGGCCCAGGCCCUGCCCCCUCAGCCCCCCAAGCGGCCCACAGACAAGCUCAACGGGAACAGGCCGCCCCACCCGGCGCUGGACACCAAGCCCGACUCCGAGAGGAUGGCCGAGACGGGCGUGGCCGGGAAAGGGCAGGACGUGGACGAGAGGGGGCCCAUUCGGAAACGACACCGAGAGGACAAGAUCGCUGCCACAGCGCAGAAGAUCCAGGAGAUGAAGCAGAGACUGAGCGACUCGGAGAAGAGGAGAAAAAGGUGGUUGUACUGGAAACCUAUUCUCUUUAAUGUCGGGGCCGGUGCAGCGGUGGCCGUCGGAUUGUGUGUGUGCUGGGCAAUCUUUUCCCAGUAAAGCGGCUCCUGAAAUGAUAUUGCGCACAGACUGUGUUUUCUUUCAUUUUCUUCUUCAACUUCCUUUUAUUUUAUUUUUUUCUACUUAUUUUUUUCCCCUUGCACCGGUACCUGAAGGAUGGUAUAUUUUACACGGUGCUGGCUGUGUGUGCAGAAUCUGAGCUUGUUUCUCAAGGCCUGGAGUCGAACAAUGCACUAGAUGGAACGAUAAUUCAGUUUGAUAUUGAAGAACUAUAACAUCUCAGGUUAUUUUUUUGGGCGUGGGCACGAUGAUCACCAAAUGCUAACAAGUGUCAGGUGUCUGUUAUUAUGCCUGAAUGCGGAUGCUGAACGCCAUGGUUAAUUUUCGGUCCAUGACCUCACUUGUGACUGGUGGCAGCGCAGGCAGUGCUUGCAGCCAGAUGAUUGGACACCUUUCAAUUGGUCACUGGUCAUGUGAUGGCAAACGUCAGCAGGUUACUCCUGUUCUGGCUCGUGUCUAUUCCAGGCUUUUGAUUACUUGUCCCAUAUAGGUGAUGACAAAACCUAACCAGUAGAGAAAGCAUAUGUCAAGAUGCUUAUGGUGGGAUUUUUUUUGUUCAGUGUUACCUGGUUUGUUCCAUUUCCACCAUUCUUUCAAUAUAUUUUUGUAUGUUUUCUGAGAUUAUGAUCAAGCCUCUGGUAGGUGCUUGCAUCCAAAAUGCUCAUAACCUGAAGAACAGGUGUUACUGUUGUACCAUUUUUACAUGUUGAAUGAGUUUAUCAUCAUUUGACCUGCCCUUUCAUCUACUCCAGUAGUCCAGCCAUAUUAGAUUGGGUUCUCGUAGAACAGAGGUGGCCCAACCAGGUUCUGGAGAGUCGCAGGGUCUGCUGGUUUUUGUUAUUCCUUAUUUGGUUUCUUUGUUGUAAGUGGUUGUUGUAUUUAACCAGCAGUCCUUGUGGCUCCCCAAGACCAGGGUUAGACACCCCCUGAUACGACAAGAGCUCAGUGGCUGUAUUGUUUUAUGUUAUUACUGAUUAGUCUGCACUGGUGGUAACUUAUGUAGUACACUGGGACCAAAGGUAUUUGGAAUAAAUAUGAACAUGGCUAAAUAAUGGAGUAACAUGGAAUAUAUUAACUCGCAUUUCAAUGGUAAUGAAAUUCAGUAAAUUAGGAAUGUAACAUUAACUGGCAAUGGGUGCUAUUUCACCAGGUCACUUAAUUAAGGUAUCGAUCCAUCCUUGUCAGUGACUGCAGUAAGCCAUGUAAAUGGUUUUUGAAUCCAUUGAUACCCAAUGUAAUGUAAAGCUGUAGGUUUGUGAUGCAAAGCACUGGCGUGUUAGACUGCACAGGUCUAGAGUUUAUCCACCGUGCAUAAGGCGGCAAAUAAGAAAUACAUUUGUUACUUACAGCUGAGGCAGGACAAACUUUUAGUUUUUAGUUUUCCAAAAUGUUUUUGCUGUAAUUCGUUUCAAUGCAAUAGUAUUAUAUUCAAGCACUUAUAGCUGUUCUUCACUGUUUGAGAUGGAAACAGUGUUUCUGAAUGUAGUCAUCAGGAAAGCUCCCCUUAUGUGUGUGCCUUCAAGAGAAUAUUCUAAGUUGCUUCCAUCGUGAAACUGAAACAGUGGGGCGAAAUAUUGACUGUAAUUUUGUUGUCAUUUAUCUAAUAGGUUAUAUGGUAAAUCUCAGAUCAAUGAUAGUGCUUUAGUAUUACUUGAGAAUAUAUGUUGGUGUUCAGCUGUUUUGGUACCUGUUUUGAUCCACCCUGACUAAACCAAAUGCUUUGAUUGGUGAGGCCAGCCACCUCGUUAGUUCAGGUGGCCAAUGGAGAUUUGUAAUGGUGAACCUGAAUCAUAAGCUUGGGUUCUUUCAUUUUGUAUUUAUUUAUUUUAUUGAAUGGCAAUAUUGGACCAGUUCAGCUAUAUAGUACAGUCAAUAGGCGUCUAUCCAAAUGUUUGAAAUAGUACAGAGCCAGUGGUGCCACCACAGGAGGCUUAAAAUGCCCUGGACCACUGUGGUACACACAUGUAGUUCAGAUUUUGAGUCACGGUGCCAUAUUGUGACCGUGUGCAGAUUCUUCACUGGCUGAAUACCCUGGCCAAUCAGCCUACUGUUGGCAUUGUGGGGCCAUCACCGCAACUUUAAUGAUCUAGACACAAGGCAGACUUCACCCGCCUUCCCAUCUUCAGAUUUUUCCUGGAUUCAAAUGGGUUUUGCACACUUAUAAAUUAAACCGUAAAGGCUGUGGCCAUUUUGUCGAGGGUCGGCAAGUCUUUCUUUGCAAUAGUGUGUAAUUGGGAUAUGCUGUGAAAAUCAGAUGUGCCAUUUAGAAGUGUAGGGGUGUUGUUUUUUUUGUCUGGGGUUGGCUAUUCUUCCUUUGCAAUAGUGUGUAAAUAGGAAGGGCAUGUCCUGUGAAAAGGACGGAUGGUUCGUACAUCAGACCUCACACGUAUGGCCUCUGUUGAGUUUAGCACAUACACAUGAAUGUGAGCCCUUUACUGCUGCUCUUUGCGAAACCUGAGAUUAAUGUGUCCAAUGUUUUCCGUUCUGACUCCAGAGGGAGAAAAAAGAAACUCAAAUUUAAUUUAUUGUUGGAAUGCAAAUGACAGAAAUAUGAGAGUUAAAUGAAUUUGACAAUUGAGGGGGAAGACAAAAAAAACCUUUUUUUCCAGUAUCAAUGUGUUUUUUCCUUGGUACUCGAAAAAUCUAAAUCGAAUUCUUCCUUUUUAGUUUUAUUCCUAAAUGAGUAGGUAUCAUAAUUAAUUUAGGAGAUUUCCUUUACCAGCAAUAUUGCUUUGUCCCUGACAGACAUAUGUAGUGGUGGUGUGACACGAAUCGAAUGGAGGCUAUGAAUUUUGCUGAUUGUCAGUUGAAAGUGAAGUAAAAUUUCUAUUAAACAUUUCUAAAGAAG